CGAAUCUCACCGAUAGACCUAUCCGCCCUCCUCCUUGUUGUCGUCAUGUCGUCUCCGAAGUCCGCCACUGACGAGGACACGCGCGGAAAGCCUGUCGAGCAGAUCACGUUCCGCUUCUGCUCGGAGUGCUCGAACAUGCUCUACCCUAAGCAGGACGAUAACUCGCAUCGUCUGCAGUUCACAUGUCGUACAUGUCACUACACCGAAGAAGCACAAUCGAGUUGCGUCUUUCGCAAUGUUAUGAACAACGCGGCUGGCGAGACGGCUGGCGUCACGCAGGAUGUUGGUUCUGACCCAACUCUUCCGCGCGAGAUUAUUUCCUGCCCGUCUUGCAGCCACAAUGAGGCUGUCUUCUUUCAAUCUCAGCAGCGAAGUGCGGAGACUGGUAUGAAACUAUUCUACGUUUGCUGCGAAUGUGGCCAUAUUUUCCAAACACAAAAUUAGGCUCCAUGACGAAUUUACGAUACCCGAUGGUUGGCGAGAAGAGAGGAGGAAUGAGAGAGAUAGAGAGAGAGACACGCGGGAGUUACAAGGCGUUCUGGAGACCAAAAACAUAAAGACAUGCAUUACCUGGCAAGGUGUUAAGUGUAUCAUGAUGAUGGCGUGGGAGACCAGUAGAUGUCAAGGACGCGACAGGGACUUUGCCCAACAUUACACCUGCUCUCGCGUGACGUUGCCCCUCCAAAUUUAGGAUGGCUCUGGUGAAGAAUGGAACCAGUGACC